GCUCCGAUUCGAGAUCACGAUGGUUUCAACGGCGGAGAUUGAUGGACAGAAACCGAAGCAUCGACCGAUUAUCCGAAUCGGUAUCUUCAUUAUUGCUCACAGUUUUUUAGUUAGUGUUGUUUGUUGCACCGCUGGGGUUUUGGCUCUCUUACUGUUACCUGUUCUGGCGAAGAAAACCUACGUUUCAGAAAAUGCUCUAAUGCCUGGUUCUGCCACUCCCAUGCUCUCCGAUCAGGAUGUUUCUGGGGCAACCAGAUUUAUGAAUGAGCUAACCAGCCCGAAAUUGAAGUCUUGGAACAUGGGCAUAGAACUCCCAAGACUGAUAGCACUGCAUAUGUCGAAUUUGGGUGGAGAAGUCAAUUAUCAUAAGUUCCAAACUCAACCAAACAAUUUCCACCCUCUUUACUUCUUUACCAGUCCUGAUGCAGAAGCAAACCUUGUGAACAAGACUUGCCAAUCAUAUGCUACCAAUACUAUAGGAAUUAUUAGGGCUCCACGGGGUGAUGGAAAGGAAGCCAUUGUGCUGGUGACUCCUUACAACCCUGUAAAUCUUACUCAGAGUGAGGUGCUAUCUUUAGGGAUUGCGUACUCGGUGUUUUCAUUAUUGACUCAAGUUAGUUGGCUAGCCAAAGAUAUUAUAUGGCUAGCCGCAGACUCACAGUAUGGACAGUAUAACUCCGUUGCUGCUUGGCUAAGAGAUUAUCAUACUCCUUCUUUUGGUGGCCAUGGGAAGCUGCAUGCUGAUAACUGUCGUGGAGCCAGUGGUAUGCACGGAUCAAAGUUGGAUAUGUUUGUGGAAACAGAAGUAUCUGAUACUUUCCGACGUGCUGGAACAAUGGCAGCUGCCUUUGUAAUUAAGGUUGCAAACACUGGUGAAGAAGGCGAGCAAGAUUCACUAAAAAUUUAUGCUGAGGCAUCUAAUGGGCAAAUGCCAAAUCUUGACCUUAUAAACGUUGUGAGCUAUCUGGCUGUGCAUGGACAGGGUCUUCGUGUAAAGGUGGAGAAACUCGUGUCUUUGCUUGAUUCGAAGUGGCUGAAUUUUAUUGGUGAGAUGUUAGAGUCGGUAGGGAAAAUUGCAAGAAGCUUGAAUCCUCAAUGGAAGUUUGGUAUCCCGGUACAGGAGUAUGUUGAAGGCAGUGCUACUCUUGUCAGUUCGCUCUAUAACCAGGCAAUAGGUGUCCCCACCGGUUCCCAUGGAGCUUUCCGUGAUUAUCAAGUUGAUGCAAUUACUUUAGAGAUUUCACCCAAGCUAUCUUCUAGUAAUAAAGCCAGACAAACGGAGUUUUUGUUUCGAGGUGGCAGGUUAAUCGAAGGAGUCGUACGUUCGGUCAAUAACCUCCUAGAAAAGUUUCACCAAUCCUUUUUCUUGUACCUCUUAACAUCUUCAAAUAAAUUUAUAUCGGUCGGGGUCUACAUGAUAGCAUUCUUGCUCCUUGUUGCUCCCCUUCCCGUGGUUGCCGCUUCUCUCUUUUCCAAUGCCACUAGUACGAACCCCAAUUCACAAAAACACACAUCAUCAUCUUCCGAACCCUUCCAAUCCUGGAGAUGGCUCUACCCAACAAAAACCAUAUUUCUCGUUCAUUUAUGGGGAGCCAUCGUCUCAUUACUUCCUUAUUUCAUAUAUCAAAUACCCGAAUGCCAACCAACAUCCCGCCUUCUUAUCUGGGCUUCCCUUUCAAUCUUUAUCCUUGCUGUACUUCGCUCAUUCUUCGGGUCUUCCACCCAUCUUCAAGAAUGGGUUCUUCUGAAAUCAGUCACGGUAUCAUCUCUGUUCAUCGGCCUGUGUCUAAUGUCAGUCAUAAACUUUGCAACCGCAGAAAUUGGAGCUCUAAUUUUGGUCCCGAUGUGCUUGAUGAUUAAACCAUGGAAGAUAGCAGGUAAAGCCCACUCCGCUUUUAAUUUGCUUUUGUUAACGGUCGGGUUUCCGGGUGCUGCUUUUUUCGUGGUGAAAGGUGCGUUUGGGGUUCAGAACGGGUCAGGUUUAGUUGAGUUUUGGUAUUGGGUGGAGUCUUUAUGGGCAUGGAAUAGUGCCACUUAUAUCUAUAUAUGCAUGGUUCACCUUCCUUGCUGGGUUUUAUGUAUUUGCAUUCUCCUACAUUGUUGUUAGAACAGAGUUCAGAUCUGAAUACAUUAUAACCUUUUCAGACCCUA